CCCUAUCCAGCUUUAGAAGCGAAGGGAUUUCAGCGGUGGCUGCUGUCAGACGGUCGUGCGUGCUCGCAGAGCGCUGAAAUUAACCAGAGCUGGUCAGUUGCACAGAGGCCGAACAAGGGAGGAGGAGAGAGGGAAAGGAUCCGCGAUUAUUAGCAGCUGCUGCUGCUGCUGCUGCUUCCUGGUCAUUUGCGGCGGGCCGUGGGCUUGAGCUUCGUCCAGGUUAGGACUGCAUUGCUGCCAGAGGAGGGAUGGAUGUAGGGGUGGACUUGUACAUUGCAGUCCCGCUGCUGUUCACCGUCUUGGCGAUCGUUCUAGCAUCGGUCUUUGUGAAGCUGAGAUCCUCCUCGGAAGGGGAGAAAGCUGAGGAGGCGGCAGCAGCAGCAGCAAAGGAAGAAGGAGACCCCCGAGUCCAAGAGGACGAGGCGAGUGCUGCUGCGGCAGACGGAGGAGAGGAAGUCCAGGAUGCUGAAGGCGAAGCAGAACCAGGCAGAGAAGGGCUUUCGAAAGACCAAGUGGAGCCGGUCGAAGCCAAGGCAGAGGUGAGGUGGGAGGAAUUCGGGGCUGUGGAGGAGGAGGAGAAAAAGAUAAAGAAGAGAGAAGACAAGGAAGAGCAGCACCGGGAGAAGGGGAGCAAAGAGGAGGCGGCGGAGGAGCCUGCAAAGAGGACUGCAAUAACAGAACAGCAGAGUCAUCCCCGAGAGGGGAAGAUUCCCAGCCAGGCUGCUGUGGCUGCGCUCGCUACUGCUCCGGUGGCGGUAGAAGAGCAAGAGGAGGAGGAGGAGGAAGAGGAGGAAGAAGAGGAGGAGGAGGAAGAAGAGGAGAGCAAGGAGGAAGAUCAAGAAUCGGAAAAUGAGAAACUAGUGGUGAAGGAACCUGAAAUGGAAGAUGCAGAUGAACAGUUCUCCUUUAAAUAUAGUCCUGGGAAACUGAGGGGAAACCAGUAUAAAACCAUGAUGACCAAAGAAGAACUUGAAGAGGAACAAAGGAUUGAGCUGACCUCUGACCUCACAUCCCUGUAGCAAGUACCUUAGGUCCUCGGCCACAAACAUUCUUACAAAUCUUUUUGAACUGAAGACUAUAUGAAGUUAUCCCUAGACUCUUCCUAAGGCUUUUCCUUUGGCAUCUUUAAAGGCUUGAGAAAAACCAAAAACCAAAACCAACCAGUUACGCAUUCACAACCGAAAAAUAAAUAACCCCUCAAAAUGCAGGACUUUCUCUUUGGCUGAAGCUGACUUCCUCAAAAUAAAUCCUUGUAAUAUCAAGACUGGAGAGAAUCUGUGUGUUUGGUCCUGAGAAUUACAUGGACUAGAGAAAGUGAGAUGUUAUAUUUUGAGGGUUCUGAUCUUGGAUGUGAAAGAACCUUCAACAAAACAAGCACACCGCUGCAUCCCCCAAACAAUAAAUCUCAUCAGACAGUAUGAAAAAAGGUUGCCCAUCUCAUUGGAGUAGUCCAAACAUAUCAUUAACUAGUCCCUUUCCACCACUGUGCCCUGGACCAAAAGCUUUCUUGAUACCUUUGAAGACAAUGCAUUGAGAUUUAAAGCAUUAUGAAGGCUCCUUUCACCCCUAGGUGGAGGGUUGGUUGUUGUAUGAUAUAAACUAGGGGUAGGCAAACUUCUUGGUCGCAUGGGCACAUUUGGCAAUUUGAGAAACUCUCCUGAACACCACCACAAAUUGGGCAAUGCUACAAAUGAAACUAUCAGCAUGCAGCCACUUGCCAUCUUCAUUUCCUAAGGAUGUCUCUGAGCCCCUCACGUGGCCUAGGGGCAUUCAAGGGAAAAGAAGAUGAGAGCAGCUAGUGACCCUCACUUUGCUUUGAAGUGAUCCCAGCUGCCAGUAAGAAAUUUUGUUAUUUAAAAAAGAAAAAAGAAAGUAGGAGGGGGUAGGUCACGUUGGCGGGCACUAACAAAUGUGUCCAAGGGCACACUGGUACCCACAAGAGCCAUGUUGCUUACCCCUGAUGUAGAAUCUAGUGUAGUCAAUCUUGCUUCGUAGCCUUUUGAAGAAGGGACAGUCCUCCAUCUUAGGUAGAGAGAAGUCCUAAGAAUUAAGAAUGAUUUGCAGUGCAAUCCUAGGCAUGUCUGCUCAGAAGCAAGUCCCGCUGAAUUCAAUGAGGCCUACUCUGAAAUAAGAGUAUAGGAUUGCAGCCUUAGUUUAAUGGCUUGUGACUGAUUUUCAUCAUGAGGACUAGAGCUUCAUUAAUGCUUGAUAGCCAAUGCUUCUGUUUACUUGGUCCUUGCUCCUGUUCCCAAGUAUGGAAUUUGAAAAUGUAAAUUAUAAAAUGUAAGGCACCCAUUCAGUUAUUAAUUAUAAAUUUUCUGAGUAAUAUCAAA